AGAUGGCAGAACCAAUAAAUUAAUUUGCGUAUGCGUACUUCUUCUCUUAGUUCUCCUUUGUCGGAAAUCAGGGGUAUGAAAGUCAGAUGAAGGAUUUUGCGCCUCGUUUUGGGACAUCUAUUGGGGUUGCACAUCACUAACUGCAUGAUGUUUGCCAAUUCCUUCGGUAGAUGGCGCGAGAAAUUCAGCCGCCAUCUUUUUGUCACGUGAUUUGAUCACGUCACGUUCUGAGCAUCAUCCACGGGAAUCACAGACAUUGUUUUUUCUUGCACAGACAAUUGAAGUUUAUCUCGUAUACGAUGAUUUAGGUGAUUUUUGAACAUUAUUUACAGUAUAAUUUGUGUGCUUUCUAGUAGCUAUAGCAUACUAUUCUGCUAUUUUAAGACUGCCUGCCUAAUUAUUUGAUUUUGAUUACAGAACCAUGCCUAAACCGCAAUAUACUCAAAAGUUUCGAGACGCAUGGUUAAAGGACCCUAGUUUAAAAGAAUGGCUGUUGGUUAUUGACAGCACUUUAGGAAGGGAAGCUAAAUGCAAAUUUUGUAGUAAAAUAAUUACGAGUCAUUACGCCGACCUUAAGAGCCAUGACAGUGGCGCAGGGCCUAGGGAAAGAAAAUAUGGAACAGCUCCUAGAUCGGCACUGGCUUCCCAUAACUUCCCCACUUUGAACCCUCCAAAGAUUAACUCGGAAGUGAUUCAUAUCCUUUCUCAGGGGGAUGUAAAGAGAGACCAAUCUCAAACUAGGUAUCAAUUGUUGGUGGCAAAAACUACUAGUGCCCUUGGAAAAUGUUUUAACUAUGUUAUCGAGGAGAUCAACAAUAAUCCCGAGUCUGACUUGAACAAGCAUUUAUUGCCUCAUUUAGCAGACGCGGGCUCCUUGACGACUCGACUACUUUACGAGAUCUCAAUGAUGCGUCGUGAUUACAUAGCGCAAGUUCUCUCCAAAUCAGUCAAAGAGACAGUCAAAGAUACCACGCCGGGGGAAUAUCUGUAUGGUUCCGAUUUAGGCGAAAAAAUCAAGACGGCCAAGAUAAUGGAGAAAACUGGAAAUGAUCUACGAUCAGACAGUUAUUAUAAGAACAAGGCUGGACCUUCUGGCAUUAAGAGGGGAGGGGGCACACCUCUCAGCGGCAGUGUAACACCCCCAAAGGUUCUCGCACUCCAUAUAGAGACUAGCUACCACACGUCUUUAAACAGGCAACACCCACCUCGUCAGUCAAGGAGGGACACGGGGUCGAGGAAAGGGCAAGCUUCCAAGCAACGUCGCCUCCCAGUAAACAGAUACCGAUAA